GAAAAUCUUAAAAGCUUCUAGAGAGCUUUUCCUUUGGGAGCCGCUGGGUUGAGAGGAGCGUGGCCUUCUCCUCUCCCCACUGUGGCGUGUGCUCACUGGGACACUGAUACCAGUGUACUCCGAAAACAGGGAGUCAUCUGGCAGAAAUGUCACUUUGCCUGCUGUGUUCAAGCUCUGAUUUGACCAGAUAUUGUGAACUUUGUUUGCACCAACUUGUGCAAAAACAGCACAGCCCUGUGCUGUCAGUGAGUUAGCAGGUCAUCGAACCAGAGUUGAAUCCUGGGAUAGUGGCAGAGCUGUGGCUCGAAUUCCCAGGGUUUGAAGUGGCGGGACUCACCACUCUGGCCAGGGCGCUUUUGAAAAUAUGUGUCGUGGGGGCCACAUGUUUGCGCCCGCCAAGACCUGGCACCGCUGGCACCGCAGAGUGGACAUAAUGCAGAAGCGAUACGCCAUCCGCUCUGCACCGGCUGCCUCGGCGUUACCAGCGCCGGUCAUGUCUAAAGGUCAUCGUGUUGAGGAAGUUCCUGAACUCCCUUUGGUGGCUGAAGACAAAGUUGAAGGCCACAAGAAGACCAGGCAGGCUGUUUUGCUUCUGAAGAAACUCAAGGCUUGGAAUGAUAUCAGAAAGGUCUACGCCUCUCAGAGAAUGAGAGCUGGCAAAAGCAGAAUGAGAAACCGUCACCAUAUCCAGUGCAGGAGACCCUGCCUCAUCUGUAAUGAGCGCCUCACCAAGGCCUUCAGAAACAUCCCUGGAAUUCCUCUGCCUCAUGUGAGCAAACCAAACCUUUUGAAACUUGCUCCUGGUGGGCAUGUGCUACGUUCCUGCAUUUGGACUGAAAGUGCUUCCUGCAAGUUAGAUGAGCUGUAUGGCACUUGGCAUAAAGCUGCUCCCCUCAAGAGUAGCUACAACCUCCCCACGCACAAGAUGCUCAGUACAGACCUUAGCAGAAUCUUGAAAAGCCCAGAGAUCCAAAGAGCCCUCCAAGCACCAUGCGAGAAGAUGCAUCACAGAGUCCCAAGGAAGAGUCCACUGAAAAACCUGAGAAUACUGAAGCUCAAGCCACAUGCAAAGACCAUGCUCUGGAACAGCACUCUGCGCCAGGCCAAGACCCACAAAAUCCGGAUGGAUAGGGCAGCAGCAGCACUAGAGGCCAAAUCAGAUGAGAAGGGGGUUCCAGGCAAGAUGCCUGUGGUGGGGAAGAAAGGAAAGAAAGCUGUUGGCAUUAAGAAGCAGAAGAAGCCUUUGGUGGGAAAAAAGGCUGCAGUGACCAAGAAACCAGCAGUUGAAAAGGAGCCUGCAGAAAAGAAACCCACCACAGAAGAAAAGAAGGCUGCUGCGUAAACUUAAAUUUGUUUAAUCUGUAAUGGUCAAAUCAUUGUGGACAGCUAAUUUUGAAUAAAGACCUGAUCGAAGAGGCAGUGAGAAAUAUGGGCGGUGGGGGGG